GAUGUGGGGUCAUUUCAGAAGGAUUUAUGUAUGGCUCUCACCGGAAGUCAUACAUUGAAUUCCAACCGCGAAAACCUACGGACAAGGAUUACAGUGAAGACGGCUAGGCUUGCAGUGCCAACCAGUAACAGGUUACGUAUAAUCUGAGUUACCGUUUAUUAACUGGACAGGCUGUUUGAGGCUAAAAGAGGAUGCCCUUAAGAAGCUGGCCAAGUGGACGUAACGAUUAGUGAUUAACACAUAUGUUGUUAUUUUCUGUGCUCCGUACUGUUUUGAUGUCCUGACUGGUCACCCAUGUUUUUCCUCAGUUGUGAGGCAAGUUUUAACUGUUCAAGUUGUGCUUUGUGCAAGAGACUACGUCUUCCGCUCACGCAAGACUCCACCCCAAUCUAGUUUGCUUUUUGGUUGGGUGACCAGCGUUAUCUGCUUAAAGUAUAUUGUUUAGCAAUUUUUGAAGAUACACUGACUGAUCUUGUAUGUCGAAUUUCGACGUUGUGCAUACUUCUAAGUACACCAUUAGUGUCAUAUAAAAUUGGAGGGAAGUUUACAAGAGGGAACAGAAAACUGCCUUCUCCUGGCAAAAUGACAUCCCCAUUGGAAUCUUUUUCCACAGUUGAAUGUGAUGAUGGUGAAGUCUGUGCUAGAGAAAACGAAAAUACAAGUAACCCUGCUCCGUCUAUAGUAGAAAUUGAACCUGAAAAUGCAGAAGGGCUGGUGCCAGCAAAUGAGGAAAAGAAUGAGGUAAUUUUUACUGGAGAUAACAGCGUAUUUUCAACCAUUAAUUAUGCAAGGAGUCAUGAAAAUGAGAAAUCAUCAUUUGACAGCCAGAGUGUAAGUAAUCUCUCUGCUUACACCAGCAGCUUGGUUUCAACACACUCUAAUUCUGAUUAUGUUAACACUACAGAAAAUAUAAACAAAAGUUUUGAACAUGAGGAAUACCAGUAUUUAAGUCAUAUUGAUAGGAUCAUUAAACAUGGCUUCAAGAAGAAUGACCGUACUGGAGUAGGCACUUUGUCUUUAUUUGGAGCACAGAUGCGGUAUUCUUUGAGAAAUGGAGUGUUUCCACUUCUCACUACCAAGAGAGUGUUCUGGCGUGCAGUAGUGGAAGAACUGCUAUGGUUCAUUAGAGGCUCCACAAAUGCCAAAGAGCUACAAGAAAAGAAUAUCCAUAUUUGGGAUGGUAACAGUUCACGGCAGUUUCUUGACUCCCUGGGAUUUAGUGAUCGAGUUGAAGGAGACCUUGGUCCUGUGUAUGGAUUUCAGUGGCGUCAUUUUGGGGCCAAAUACAUGGACAUGAAUACUGACUAUUCUGGUCAAGGUGUUGAUCAAUUGCAGCAAGUAAUCAACACACUGAAAUCUAAACCAUAUGAUCGUCGCAUGAUCAUGUGUUCAUGGAAUGCCAUUGAUAUACCAAAAAUGGCUCUUCCACCAUGUCACUGCCUUGUUCAAUUCUAUGUUGCUGAAGAUGAACUGUACUGCCAGCUGUAUCAGCGUUCAGCAGACAUGGGCCUUGGAGUACCAUUUAACAUUGCUAGUUAUGCAUUGUUAACAUACAUGGUUGCAAAGGUUACAGGUCUAAAGCCAGGUGAAUUUAUCCACACAAUGGGAGACAGCCAUGUAUAUCUAAAUCAUGUUGAAGCAUUGAAGGAACAACUGAAACGCAAACCCCGACCUUUUCCAUCAUUGCACAUCAAUAAAGAAGUUCAGAACAUUGAAGAUUUUCAGGUUGAUGACUUUGAGUUGUGUAACUACAAACCACACCCAAAGAUCAAUAUGGAGAUGGCUGUUUAAUUAUUCUGUGGAACAUGGUUAAAUCCAUUCAGAUACCAAAUAAAACUGCACAAUGUCAUAUCCAGAUAUAUAUCAGUUAAAUUACUAACAGCCCAUACAAAAAAUUAAUAUUUUUAGCUGUUCUUUUUAUGACCAUUAUCUAGUACUCAAGAAGUUACAAAAAAUUUCAGUCUCAUAUAAGUCUAAAUUUACAAUUAAUUAUUAUGAGUGUAGCUUCAUUCAUGUUUGCUGUUGGGCAGAAUAUAGCUUAACAGUUACACAACAUUGUUCUUCUGAGCAGAUCCUACAGAUUUGCUUUCCAUUAGUUGUGACAAAGUAUGCAACAACAAACUUAUUAUAUUUUUCUGUAUACCUUUUCUUUCUUUGGACUGUGUCACGGAUUUGUGCAAGAGUUCAGAGGUUUGAUAUUUUAUAAUAAUAUGUGUAUGCACUUCCAAAAUUUGCAUAAUAAAAACUCUGUAAAAAGCAAUUAA